AGGCUGCAGGGCUUCAUUGGAGCCUCGGAGUUUUUCACUGAGGCAGGGGUCAGCUGAAAGACAAAGAAAAAUGGCGAAUAGUUUGCUGGGGGGUGGGGGGACAGCUGUUCGGGUUUUCACUGGAGUGGACAUUCCAGACUCAGUUGUCAGCAUGUCCGCAGAAGGAGGAUUUGGUGGCACUAGCAGCAGCGAUGCUCAGCAGAGCCUGCAGUCCUUCUGGCCUCGGGUCAUGGAGGAAAUCCGGAAUUUAACAGUGAAAGAUUUCCGAGUGCAGGAACUCCCACUGGCUCGUAUUAAGAAGAUUAUGAAACUGGAUGAAGAUGUGAAGAUGAUCAGUGCAGAAGCCCCUGUGCUAUUUGCCAAGGCAGCCCAGAUUUUUAUCACAGAGUUGACUCUUCGAGCCUGGAUCCACACAGAGGAUAACAAGCGACGGACUCUGCAGAGGAAUGAUAUCGCCAUGGCAAUUACAAAAUUUGAUCAGUUUGACUUUCUCAUCGAUAUUGUUCCAAGAGAUGAACUGAAACCUCCAAAGCGUCAGGAAGAGGUGCGCCAGUCUGUGACUCCUGCGGAGCCCGUCCAGUACUAUUUCACGCUGGCUCAGCAGCCCACCGCCGUCCAAGUCCAGGGGCAACAGCAAGGCCAGCAGACCACCAGCUCCACAACCACCAUCCAGCCCGGGCAGAUCAUCAUUGCACAGCCUCAGCAGGGCCAGAGCACACCGGUGACCAUGCAGGUUGGAGAAGGUCAGCAGGUGCAGAUAGUCCAGGCCCAGCCGCAGGGUCAAGCGCAGCAGGCCCAGAGCAGCACUGGACAGACCAUGCAGGUGAUGCAGCAAAUCAUCACGAACACGGGCGAGAUCCAGCAGAUCCCGGUGCAGCUGAACGCCGGCCAACUGCAGUACAUUCGCUUAGCCCAGCCUGUAUCAGGCACCCAGGUUGUGCAGGGACAGAUCCAGACGCUUGCCACCAAUGCUCAACAGAUCACACAGACAGAGGUCCAGCAAGGACAGCAGCAGUUCAGCCAGUUCACAGAUGGGCAGCAGCUCUACCAGAUCCAGCAAGUCACCAUGCCUGCUGGCCAGGACCUCGCCCAGCCCAUGUUCAUCCAGUCAGCCAACCAGCCCUCCGACGGGCAGGCCCCCCAAGUGACCGGAGACUGAGGGCCUAGCUGGCAAGGCCAAGGACACCCAACACAGUUUUUGCCAUACAGCCCCGGGCAGUGGGCACAGCGUCCCUCCCCAGAGGACCGGCCGACCUCAGCGCCUCCUGCAGGCUAGGACACUGGUGCACUUCCCCCCACGCCUGGGGGCCAAGAUUCUCCAACAGACAGAUGCGACAUUUUUUAUUUCCUUGUUUUCCUUUUUUUUCCUCCAAGGAAUCAUUAUUUCAGUAUGUUGAGCUGUGUGUCCAAUGAAUGCUACGAAAUGAAAUAUUAAAUAACAUAUUUAUGGCAUUUUCUUGAA